AUGCUGCUGAGAAUUUUGCCCCAAGCGGCUGCACUGCUCAUGCUGUGUGUUCAGCUACUGCAUGCCUCCGUGCUGCCUGCUGUAUCCUCCUACGAGUUCACUGCCUAUAGGAUGCAGCAGUACGCCGUUCAGCAGGAAAAACAUGGUUGUCGCGGUGCCAUAGUGCAGGCGGAGGCCCGCUCAGCAGACGAACCAGUGUUAACACGACGCUGUGUCAUCAUGAAGCUGCCGGACUUCACCGUGGAGCGAUACCUGGAGGCUCUGAGGCAGAGCGCUGCCGCUGUACUCCUCCUGCUACCCAAAAACAUGUCCGCUGUCCCCCAGGAUAUCAUACAGACCUUCAUGGUGAGUGAGAGCGAAGCGUUGUUAAAGGAUACCAUCAUGCCUGUGUAUGUGACCCCGGAGGACGAGCAGCUCCUUUAUAUGUACGAAGAGGUCAAGCACGCUGCAGCCUCUCGCACCUCCUCUAUACUAGUCCGAGUGUUCCGUAGCAUGGUCACAGCCACCGUAUUUCAGAUUCUAGUGAGCAACACCAACCCCAUCAAGCCCAUCACUGACAGUACAAUCAUUACUCUGGAGGGUGUACUUCCUGGUGCUGGAGAGGAUGCGUCCACCAUCGUUAUCACGGCCCACUACGACUCCUACGGCCUUACUCCAUGGCUGUCAUAUGGAGCAGACUCCAACGGUAGCGGAGUCACCAUCUUGCUUGAGCUGGUCCGUCUUUUCCAGAAACUUUAUAGCAACCCCCACAGCCAGCCUCCAUACCAUCUUCUUUUCUCCCUGACUGGCGGUGGGAAGUAUAACUUCCUGGGUACCAAAAGGUUUAUUGAGGAGAAUAUGGAUCAUGCCGAGACCAGCCUUCUCCAUGACAAUGUGGCGUUUGUUCUGUGUCUGGACACGCUGGCCAAUGGGGACAACAUGUUCCUGCACGUGUCCCGCCCCCCCAAACCUGGCACCCCUCAGCAUGCCUUCGUACAACAUCUGGAGCAGGUAGUUUCUUCCCGGUUCCCUUUGGUGAGGUUUGGGAUGGUCCACAAGAAGAUCAACCUGGGGGAGUCCACUGUUUCCUGGGAGCACGAGCGCUAUGCCAUGCGCAGGAUACCAGGCUUCACGCUGUCUCACCUGGAGGACCCCAAAGCUGAACUCAGAGGCUCCAUCCUGGACACUGUGUUGCACGUGGACUUGAGGAAGAUGAAGCGCAAUGCCAUCGUUAUUGCAGAAUCGCUAGCUCGGUUUAUGUAUAAUCUCUCUGACAAGGGUUCGCCAAAAGACAUACAGGUCUUCAAGGGUGAAAUGGAGUUUCAGGACAGUCGCAUGUCUAGCCUGAUGUCCUUCCUGACGUCAAUCCCACGGGCAACACAGCUGGAUAAGGAUCCCAAACACGCCAUACUGGUGAACACUCUGGAACAUGAGCUGAGGUACUAUCUGCACCAGGUCCACAGACACACCUUCCGCCAAGACAAGAGGGAUCCUGAACUUACCUUUUUUGACCAAAUGGAGCAACCAAUGAUGAUGUAUAGGAUUAAGCCAGCAGCCUUUGACCUCUUCCUUGGGGGCUGUAUAGCUGCUUACCUGGCGAUAGUCUACUAUGCCAUCGAGAAUUGUGGAUAUCUCUACACCAAACUGAAAGCAGCUGUGAAGUCCAAACAGAAGUAAGGUUGUGACCAAUGCUUUGAAGACCUGGAAGUCAGAGUUGGGUUUUUUAGGUCCAAUGGAAAAUACUUUUGUGCAAGAGCUGACACUGACAAUGAAUAGGGAAUUGUGUAGGCCAUAUACUGCAUUUCUGUUUGAAACCAUCUCAACUGAACAAGCCCAUGGGGCAUUGUUGAAAAGGUUAUUUAAAAAUAAUUUGUAGUCCAUGUUAAUGGUGACAACAACAAAAAUGUCACCAAUUUGUAUGAAAUGCAUUUUAUUACUUUUACGGUUGUUUUAA